AUGGCGCACAAUUAUGAAGUUGGUACGAAGGCAUGGCAGCCGGAUGUUACGGAAGGGUGGGUUGCUUCGGAAUUGGUCACAAAGACGUUGAAUGGAGACAAAUAUACACUGGUCUUUCAACUUGAAAAUGGAGAGAGCAAGUCGAUAGAAACUACAGAAGAAGCUUUGACAGGAGCAAAGAAUGCCUCCCUACCCCCUCUGAUGAAUCCAACGAUGCUCGAAGCUAGUGAUGAUCUGACGAAUCUUUCCCAUCUCAAUGAGCCUGCUGUCUUGCAGGCUAUUCGAUUACGAUAUUUGCAGAAAGAAAUUUAUACAUACAGCGGCAUUGUGCUGAUAGCAACGAAUCCCUUCGCGCGGGUUGAUUCUUUAUAUGUUCCUGGCAUGGUACAAGUUUAUGCAGGAAGGCAAAGGGCUACUCAAGCUCCCCAUUUGUUUGCGAUUGCAGAGGAAGCUUUUGCGGAUAUGCUGCGAAGUCAAAAGAAUCAGACAAUUGUGGUAUCAGGAGAAUCUGGAGCUGGCAAGACUGUCAGUGCCAAAUAUAUAAUGCGAUAUUUUGCUACCAGAGAGUCACCAGAUCAGCCAGGAACAAGGACGAAAAGGGGCACAGAACAAAUGAGUGAAACAGAGGAACGGAUUUUGGCUACGAAUCCUAUCAUGGAAGCUUUCGGUAACGCCAAGACUACACGUAACGACAACUCUUCUCGAUUCGGAAAGUAUAUUGAGAUUAUGUUUGACGAUAAGACAAACAUCAUUGGAGCAAAGAUUCGCACAUAUUUGUUGGAGCGUUCGAGAUUAGUGUUUCAACCACUCAAGGAGCGAAAUUACCACGUUUUCUACCAGCUAGUAGCAGGAGCAUCGGAAAUCGAGACAAAGGAACUGGAUUUGAAGUCUGCGGAACAAUUUGAUUACCUCAACCAGGGAAGCUCGCCAACCAUUGACGGUGUUGAUGAUAAGGCAGAAUUUGAAGCGCUGAAGGGAUCUUUGGCAACAAUAGGAGUUGAUGCCGGUCAACAAGCGAACAUCUUCAAAUUGCUUGCAGCUUUACUUCAUUUGGGUGACGUUAAGAUCACCGCGUCGAGAACGGACUCUGUAUUAGCUCCUAAUGAGCCGGCAUUGUUGAAGGCAGCAUCGUUGCUUGGCGUGGACCCUGUGGAGUUUGCAAAAUGGACCGUGAAGAAGCAGUUGAUUACGAGAGGCGAGAAGAUCACGUCAAACUUGACUCAACAACAAGCAAUCGUUGUGCGAGACUCAGUUGCAAAGUUUAUCUACUCAAGUAUGUUUGAUUGGCUCGUGGAUAGCAUCAACUAUGCCCUUGCCACCGAUGAGGUGUUAGCUCGUGUGAAAACAUUCAUUGGUGUGCUGGAUAUUUACGGGUUCGAGCAUUUUGCUAAGAAUUCCUUCGAACAAUUUUGUAUCAAUUACGCGAACGAGAAGCUCCAACAAGAAUUCAACGCUCACGUGUUCAAGCUUGAACAAGAGGAAUAUCUUAGGGAAAAAAUCGACUGGACGUUCAUCGACUUUUCAGACAACCAACCCUGUAUUGACUUGAUCGAGGGAAAGCUUGGUGUAUUAUCACUCCUUGAUGAAGAAUCCAGACUACCGAUGGGAUCAGACGAGCAAUUUGUGAUGAAGCUGCAUCACAAUUUUGCCGCCGACAAGAACAAAUUCUACAAAAAGCCCCGCUUCGGAAAAUCGUCAUUCACCGUUUGUCAUUAUGCUAUCGAUGUCACUUAUGAAUCGGAUGGCUUUAUUGACAAGAAUAGUGACACAGUCCCCGAUGAACAUAUGGCAGUUCUGAGAGCCUCCUCAAACAAAUUCUUGGGUGCAGUUUUAGAUGCUGCCUCUGCUGUGAGGGAAAAAGAUACAGCCUCGGCAACAACCUCAGCUGCAACAAAACCCACACCUGGUCGACGGAUUGGUGUUGCUGUCAACCGCAAACCCACUUUAGGUGGUAUCUUCAAGUCUUCUCUGAUCGAGCUUAUGGGCACUAUUAACGGCACAGAUGUUCACUAUAUCCGCUGUAUUAAGCCCAACGAGGCCAAAGAGUCGUGGGUCUUCGAGGGCCCUAUGGUACUGAGCCAGUUGCGAGCUUGUGGUGUACUCGAGACGGUCCGAAUUAGUUGUGCAGGCUAUCCCACACGCUGGACAUUUGAAGAAUUUGCUUUACGAUACUAUAUGUUAACGCCCUCGUCAGCGUGGACAUCGGAGAUCCGCGAUAUGGCUAAUAUCAUUCUCACGAAAGCACUCGGUGCUAGCAGUGAAGGUGUAUCGGACAAGUAUCAACUUGGUUUGACGAAGAUUUUCUUCCGUGCAGGCAUGUUGGCAUUUUUGGAGAACUUGCGAACAACCCGACUCAACGACUGUGCAAUUAUGAUACAGAAGAAUCUCAAAGCGAAGUACUAUCGACGCAGAUAUCUUGAUGCUAGAGGUGCGAUUCUUACAUUUCAGUCUGCAGUUCGAGGUCACCUUGCUCGUAAGUAUGCCCAAGAGAAUCGUAAGGUCAAGGCUGCUACAACCAUUCAAAGAGUUUGGCGUGGUCAGAAACAGCGCAAGAAGUUCUUGGCCAUUCGCAACAAUGUUAUCCUCGCUCAAGCUGCUGCCAAGGGGUUCUUGCGCAGGAAGGAAAUCAUGGAGACUCGAGUCGGGAACGCUGCUAUGAUUAUUCAAAGAUCAUGGCGAUCAAGACAAUCCCUUAAGAAGUGGAGAGAUUACAGGAAAAAGAUUGUCAUUGUCCAAAGUCUUUGGCGGGGUAAAACAGCACGUCGUGGGUACAAGACGAUCCGCGAAGAGGCAAGAGAUCUCAAGGAAAUUUCCUACAAAUUGGAGAACAAGGUCGUCGAACUUACUCAAUCUGUCGGUACGAUGAAACGGGAGAAUAAGACCUUAAUGACUCAAGUAGAGAACUACGAAAGCCAGAUCAAGUCAUGGAAAAACAGGCACAAUGCUUUGGAAGCUCGCGUAAAGGAGUUGCAAACCGAGGCUAACCAAGCUGGCAUAACUGCUGCACGUCUCGCUGUCAUGGAGGAAGAAAUGAAGAAACUUCAGACAAAUUUUAACGAGUCAGCUGUCAAUAUCAAGCGUCUGCAAGAAGAAGAGAAAGAGUUGAGGGAGUCUCUUAGGAUAUCAAAUCUUGAGCUCGAGAAGGCGAAAGAGGAGGGUACCUUGCACGAAUCCGAGAAAAUUACUCUCAGGCAACAGCUUGUUGACCUGCAAGAUCAACUUGACCUGGCAAAGCGUGCAGGUCCUGUUCUACCGCUCAGUGGAGAUAUCAUGAAUGGCGCUACUGCUGCGCAACAAAAUGGACUCAUCAAUUUGGUCUCAUCGAAGAAACCAAAACGCAGAAGCGCAGGGGCUGAGCCACGUGAGUUGGAUCGCUUCAGUGCGGCUUACAAUCCAAGGCCAGUAUCCAUGGCUGUCACAAGCAACAAUCUCCACCAACAAACACUAUCCGGCUCCACAUUCCAGCCCAGUGUUGACACCAUUGAGUUCGAACUCGAGAAUCUUUUGGCUGAUGAGGAGGGCUUGAACGAAGAGGUCACAAUCGGUUUGAUUAAAAACCUUAAGAUUCCAGCCGCUACGUCCACUCCACCACCAACAGACAAGGAAGUCCUUUUCCCAUCCUACUUGAUCAAUCUAGUCACAUCAGAGAUGUGGAACAAUGGAUUUGUCAAGGAAUCGGAGAGGUUUCUUGCAAACGUUAUGCAAUCCAUCCAACAUGAAGUUAUGCAGCAUGACGGUGAUGAGGCUGUCAAUCCCGGUGCCUUCUGGUUGUCGAAUGUUCACGAGAUGCUUUCAUUUGUUUUCUUGGCUGAAGACUGGUACGAAGCUCAGAAGUCGGACAAUUUCGAGUACGAUCGUCUUCUGGAUAUCGUCAAGCAUGAUCUUGAGAGUUUAGAAUUCAACAUCUAUCAUACUUGGAUGAAGGUUCUGAAGAAGAAAUUGCAAAAGAUGAUUAUCCCAGCCAUCAUCGAAUCCCAAUCGCUGCCAGGUUUCGUCACCAAUGAAAGCAACAGAUUCUUAGGUAAAUUGCUUCAGACCAAUUCAGCUCCUGCUUUUAGCAUGGAUAACUUGCUCAGCUUGCUCAAUAAUGUUUUCAAAGCCAUGAAGGCCUACUAUUUGGAAGAUUCAAUCAUCACACAGACAGUCACGGAAUUGCUCAGAUUGGUCGGUGUCACAGCAUUCAACGAUCUUUUGAUGAGAAGAAACUUCUUGUCGUGGAAGCGAGGACUUCAAAUCAAUUACAACAUUACAAGAAUCGAGGAAUGGUGUAAGAGUCAUGACAUGCCGGAGGGAACUCUUCAACUAGAGCACUUAAUGCAAGCCACCAAACUCCUUCAGUUGAAGAAGGCCACCCUUAAUGACAUCGAGAUUAUUCAAGAUAUCUGCUGGAUGCUCUCACCGAAUCAGAUCCAGAAGCUGCUCAAUCAAUAUCUCGUCGCAGAUUAUGAACAGCCCAUCAACGGAGAAAUCAUGAAAGCCGUCGCUUCCCGCGUCACAGAGAAGAGCGACGUCUUACUCUUAACUGCUGUUGAUAUGGAUGACAGUGGGCCAUAUGAAAUCGCAGAGCCUCGUGUCAUCACAGCCCUGGAGACAUACACACCUUCGUGGCUCCAAACGCCAAGAUUAAAACGCCUAGCAGAGAUCGUUUCCCAGCAGGCCAUGCAGCAACAGGAAAAAUUGGAAUACGCUCAUGAUGAUAUCAACGAGCAAUCAGACAACGAGACAAACGGUGCUUGA